CGGAGACGUGGCAGCCGCUUCGGCCGCCGCCGAGUUCCCCGGAGUUGGCCGCGCGGGCGCCGGCGCCGGCCGCACCAUGAACGUGUUCCGGAUCCUGGGCGACCUGAGCCACCUCCUGGCCAUGAUCCUGCUCCUGGGGAAGAUCUGGAGGUCCAAGUGCUGCGCCGGCAUCUCUGGGAAGAGCCAGAUCCUGUUUGCUCUUGUCUUCACCACGAGGUACCUGGACCUGUUCACCAACUUCAUCUCCAUCUACAAUACAGUAAUGAAGGUGGUUUUCCUCCUCUGCGCCUACAUCACCGUGUACAUGAUCUACGGGAAAUUUCGGAAAACCUUUGACAGUGAGAACGAUACUUUCCGCCUGGAGUUUCUUCUGGUCCCAGUCAUUGGCCUCUCCUUCCUUGAGAACUACAACUUCACGCCCCUGGAGAUCCUCUGGACCUUCUCCAUCUACCUGGAGUCGGUGGCCAUCCUGCCCCAGCUCUUCAUGAUCAGCAAGACUGGCGAGGCCGAGACCAUCACGACUCACUACCUGUUCUUCCUUGGGCUGUACCGGGCCCUCUACCUGGCUAACUGGAUCAGGCGGUACCAGACCGAGAAUUUCUAUGACCAGAUCGCAGUGGUGUCUGGGGUAGUACAAACCAUCUUCUACUGUGACUUCUUUUACCUGUAUGUGACCAAAGUCCUCAAAGGAAAGAAGUUAAGCCUUCCGAUGCCAAUUUGAGGACCCUCGGAUGCUCUACACCUCAGCCAGGACUUGGGGCAAACCAUUUCUUUUCCCGGGCAACUCCAUGCAGGGCUCCAGCCAGAUGCUACAGUGAAACACCAGGAGAAUGCGCAGUGCGGACGUCAGCCAGGCUGUGCACCGGCUUCCGCAGAGGAAGCCUAGUCUGGGCUAAUUAUUAGUUCUGGUGCCUCACAGUGUUAACGGAAACCCCAGGUACUAGCCCACGAGCAACCAACCAACAGCUCCUCAGGUCCCAAUGUGAGACUCAUGCUCCAAAUGAAGAGCAGGGCUCAAGCAUCAGACAACACUGUGGUAUAAUUUUCAUUUUCUCGGUAGAUCGAUGUUAGAAUCGAUACAAAGGUGCUAUCUGGCAGGCGCGCGAUGUUAUUUCACUCCUAACCUGCCUUGAAGCCACAGGCAAACCAAAUUUACAAGCUCUGGCUAGACCGGCUUCCAGCGCACCUUAGAAGUUGAUCAGGCCUCGUUACCACGGCCACGGCGGCCCAGCACACACACCUCCCCCCAGGUGGGCACCGCUAGGGCUGUUUUACUAGAGGACGCGCAGCCGAGCCCUUUACGAGGCUUGUUGCUUUGUGACAAAUUUCUGCACUACAACCAAUGACCCCCCGUUCACAUUUUCUGGUGCUAGCCAAGGCACUCACUCAAUCCAACACCCCCAAACUUGGUCUUAACACAGGUAAAAAUGGGAAAAGGACUAUUGCUGGACUAGUCAGAUUGUUUUCAAGCAAUAAAAAGUUCACACCUUAUUGUCAACAGUGUUUUAUUUAUACCUACAAAAGAAAACAAGAUGGUAUCAAAAGGACAAUUUACAAACCGAGAAUAGUAACAU